CUCUGGGCCGGGCCUCGGUGGCCCCGCAGCCGCUGCUCGGAGCCAGGGAGGGGAGCGCUGCGAGGGACGGGCUGGCCACGGCUCCGGGACCCAGGGCAGCGCCAGGCAUCCGCUCUGCUCUGCCCCCAAGACACAGUAUGGAAGCCAUUGCCAAGUUUGAUUUCACUGCUUCUGGAGAGGACGAGUUGAGCUUCCAGGCUGGGGAUAUGUUGAAGAUUUUGAGCUCCCAGGAAGAAUGGUACAAGGCUGAGCUCAGAAGUCACGAGGGCUACGUUCCUAAGAACUUCAUUGAUUUCCAUGUUCCCCCAAAAAUUCCUACUGACAUCAUAUUCUUUUACUAUUUAUGCUGGUUUGAUGAGAAGAUAUCCCGCCACGAAGCAGAGAACCUUCUCAUGAGCAAAGGAGUCGGCUGCUUCAUCGUCCGAGCCAGCCAGAACUCUCAGGGUGACUUCUCCAUCUCUGUCAGGCAUGAAGAUGAUGUGCAGCACUUCAAAGUGAUGAGGGAUUCCAAGGGUAACUAUUACUUGUGGACAGAGAAAUUCCACUCGCUAAACAAGCUGGUGGACUACUACAAGACAACUUCCAUCUCCAAGCAGAAGCAGAUCUUCCUAAGGGACAACAGCCAAGAAGAAAAGGAGAGGCGUGGUGGGAGCCUGGAACGGAUAGGUCGGGAAGGAUUCCACAUGGGAGGAGCAGCUGGAGAAGAUCAUUCUGCUGUAUCCAAGAGAUAUGUAGAGCAUGCUGUUCCCAUACUGCAGCAGCAACAGGAAAGAUAUGGUGGGAGUCUGGACAGGAGUGACAUGAUGCACAGACUAAGGGAUCAUGGCCAAGGAGGUGCAGGAGCUAUGCAGAGGAGACACACGGACCCUCUGCACCAGCAGGCACCGCGAACGCUGUGGGUCCGUGCCUUGUACGACUUCGAUGCUCUGGAGCACGACGAGCUGGGCUUCCGCACUGGGGACAUCCUGGAGGUCCUGGACAGCUCCAACCCCUCCUGGUGGAAGGGACGCCUGCGUGGGGAGCUGGGGCUCUUCCCUGCCAACUACGUCACACCGGUGCUGCUGUGAGGGCACAGUGCGGCCCAGAGGGCUCUGCUCGAGCUGCUCUUCUGACGUGACAGGGACAGAGAAGGAGUGCAUCUUCCCUUGCCACCAGGACAUACAUUGUUUUUUGUUUUGUCUUAAUUUAUUGGCAAUUGAUCUUUUGAAAUGUUGGUAUGAAAGAGAACCCUUUGAGGAAGAAAUUUUUUACCCCUUUUUUUCACAGUCAUGAAGGGGAGGGAGCAAAAAUCUUGGACUGUUCAUUGAGACUUUGCUGGGUGCUCCCUGCCCUGUCACUUCUUUUAACUCUUGAUAAGCUCCUGCAAUUAGGUUUAUUCUGUAGAAAUGCCCCUCAGGAAAGUCAGGCUUCAGGUUAACUUCAGGUUCAGUAUUCAGGUAGCCCUAUCCCUUCAUUUUGGAUCUGGUAGCAGUCAUAGUCUCUUCAGGCUCCAUUCCACCUUUCUGUCAGAGGCAGGAGGGACACCCACGUGAAUUAAAUGAUCCUUGGCCACAACAUUAAACCUUCAGUUAGGGCUUUACGUUGAGGUUGAGACAAUCUAGGCUUUCCUUAAUAGUUUCUGGCUUUCUUCUAGUUUAACUAUUUUCUUAAUAGUUUCUGGCUCACCCGUCUCACGCUGUGUGUAUGGACUGUAUGGAUAUACCAGAUGAAGGGGAGGAACCCUGUAAGCUUUUGUACAAACAUGCAAGUGGUGAAGGUAUGGGAGGGCAAGGAGCUUUCUUUGCUUCUUCUCAUAGGCCUGCUCUUCUUUCUGUACCCCCUAACAACUUACCCAUUUCCCAGCUGCUGUCUUAGGUACCUGCACUUCAGCUAGAUAGCCUGAUUAGAGCAGAUCAGGCCCUUCAGCUAAAUUAGUAUCCACUGGAUUGGAUAACAGUGAAUAUCCCUCACUGGUUCCUUUUGUAAAACUGUACUGGGGAGGGAUUGGAGAGUUUUCUCUGGUUUGGUGGCAGAAGUUCUUUCCCUGAGAACUUCUGUGCUGAGGAUCACCAUGUACACAACUCUGGCUUACCAGAGAAAUGUCUCAUCCAACAGGUUAAGCUGUUUACAGUAUGCAAA